UUAGUCUCACCGUGUUAGGACAGUUUGCAGAAGAAGUUUGAUGUCGUUUUUAAAAGUUUUUAAAUAUAGAUAUAAACGCUCUCCGUUUUGAGACGGUUUGUGACCUCAGACUGUGAAGAAUUUUCAGCACGCGCAAAUGAUCUCGUGUUCAGUCUGGUUCUGAUCUGCUGAACCGUCCAGUCCGGCUUCCUGCAUACAGAAACCUGAAGAGGACACAUGGAAGUGAUUGGCUGGGAGCAUGAGAAGGCAGAACUGAAGCAGGAAGUGUCUCAGCUGCAGGAGAUGCUGGCAGAGAGCCGAGCCAAUAAAGAGGAGGUGGAGUCCCAGAACCGGGUUUUGAGAGAGAGGUUCUGUCAGGCUGUCUCACCAUCACUCAUGGCGUCUCUGCAUGUGGAGGAGGAGCAGAGGAAGUGGAGGAAAAGGGUGAGGGAGGGGAGAGAGCGGGAGGCCAGACAGGCUCUGCUCAUCCACCGGCUGCAGAACAAGCUGUUGGAGUACAAAGAUCGUUGUCAACGUUUGGAACUUCAGCUGCAGUCUGAGCAUACACAGCUUCUCCACACCGAGCAGACACUCAGAGAUGAGCACUGCGAGUCUCUGGAGAGCGCCCUCCUCAGGCUGGAGGAGGAACAGCAAAGGUCAAUCAACCUGACACAAAUGAACGCUUUGUUGCGAGAGCAGUUCAGCCAAUCAGAGUGGGCCAGCCAGACCAUGAAGGAGAACCUCCUGAAGCUGACAGCUGAUUGGGCUACAGCCAUGAAGGAGGUGGAGCAGAGAGAAGCUGAUUGGAAGAAAAAAAUACAGGUGGGUCAGGAACAGGCUCGGCUUCUGUCAGUGUGGAGGUCUGUGGUCGCCCUGAGACGAGACUGUUGCACCAUCAAAACCGCCGUCGACAGGGACCUGUGGCAGCUGAGGUGCGAGUUCUCCCGGAUCGCUUCCUCCCUCCUCUCCCGCUGCGAAUCCUUCUCCUCCUCCUCGUUGCAGCUCGCUGCUCCUCUUGUCAAACCAUCUUUCUCCUUUUUGUCUAUGCCUCCUCCUCCUCUCUCCUCCACCCUUGUUCUCCCUUCUCCCACCUCUGCACCUCCUCUUCUCUCCUCCUCAAUCCUCGGAACCUCGUCUUUUGGAGAGCUGGAGCACAAAGAUGAAGGAGAGAGGAAGAUUUCAGAGCUGAAGAUUCUUCAUGACGCUGAAGUUUUGCAGUUGAAUGAAAGGAUUUCAGAGCUGUCUGGUUUGCUGCAGGCCGAUGAUGGACAGAAAGAGCAGAGAGAGCUGGAGCUGGAGAGACACAGAGAAAUGGAGCGUAGUCUUCAGUCUGUCAGUCAGGCUGCAGUCAGACUGUCCAGAGCCCUGCGUAGCAGCAGUUUGGUGGCCGGCGUCCCGGAGGACGGCGUCCUGAGUUUGUCGUCCCUGCUGUCUGUGCUGGCUCAGGCUGAGAGCACCUUUGAGUGGAAGCAGCAGGAACUGCAGGGGGCGGAGCUCUCUGCCCGCCAGCUUGCGGACGAUAAAGCGGCGCUGCAGUCCAGGCUGAGUCGACUGGAGGAGGAGAACCAGGAGGAGCACACGCACACUCGGCGCACGCAGCUGGAGCUUACGCACACACGGGACACUCUGACCAGGCAGCAGGAGGAGCUGUCCUCUCUGCGUGUGCAGCUAGAGCAGGUACUGAGGAGUGAGGAGGAGGUGAAGAAGGAGAACAGCAGACUGAGGCGAGAGACGGAGCGACAGGAGGAGAGGAGCAGGCAGCUGGAGAGCGACAUGCUCAAACGAGCUGAACACGAACUCUUUGAUAGCAUCCAACUGUCUGACCAAGAAACUCGUCACCACAUGGAGAUCCACAGUCUGAAGGUGGCGAUAGAGAAAGAGCAGCUGGACAGGCAGAGAGCAGAAGCGGAAGCCGCUGAUGUCAGAGACACUCUGCAGAAGUCCAGGGAGUGUGUGCUGCGUCUCUCAUCCUCUGAGUGUGUGCUGAAGAGGGACGUGGAGGAUGGGCGGGACGCUUUGGACAAGAUGGCUGCCCUGAAUGAAAGUCUGGCUGCAGACAAGGCGGAGCUAAACAGACAGCUGCUGCAGGCAGAAGCUGAGCUGUCAGAAAGCCGGACACAGCUGCAGGCGCUGAGGUCAGAGGUCAGCUCUCUGCACAGACAGGUGAAGUCGCUCGAGCUGCAGUGCAGCCAGCUCAGAGCUCAGGAGCAAGUAGAGGCAGACGCCAUGCAGGAACUGAGAAACAGACAGGAAGAGACAGAGGUCACCAUGGAGGAGAAGGAGAGACAGCUUUCCUUCCUGAUGGAAGAGAAGGAGAAGGCUGGACAGCAGCUGGAGGAGCUGAACUCUCAGCAUGCUGCAGUGUGUGUGGAGCUGAAGGAGGCACUGGAGGAGCUGCAGCAGGCAAAGGAGGUGGUGAGGAGAGGAGUCAGACAACAGGAGGAGCAGCAGAGGGAGACGAACAGGCUGCAAGAGGAGCAGGGCAUUUUGCAGAGACGUGGGGAAGAGCUGGAGGAGGAGCUAGAGGAGCUGCGCUCCCGGUCGGUGUCUCUUCACCAGCAGCUGAGUCAGCAGAAGAAGCAGCUUUCACAAUCUGAAGUGGACCGAUGUCAGCUGGACUCACACAUCCACACUCUGCAAGACACCAAAGACAUUUUACAAGGUGAGAUUGAGUGUCUGAGAGGAGAGCUGGAGAGAGUGACAGCUAAGGAGGAGGAGCUGGAGGAGAGCAGCGAGAAGGACAGACAAGAGCUGCAGCGGCUGAAGGAGCAGGUGAAGGAGCUGAGAAGACGACAUGAGGAGAAGGAGAAGGAGGAGGCCUGGCAGCAAGAGAGGCAGGUACUGUGCCAGGAGUUGGGAUUGAAGGAUGGAGAAGUGGAGGUGCUGAGGAGCAGGAUGGAAGGACUGAUGGAGGAGAAGCAGGCAAGUGAGAAAAUGUUGGAGCAGCUUAGAGAGGAGGUUCAGAAGAGGGAGGAGAAGAGGAGGGAGGAGGCAAGGCAGAGCAAUGGAGAGAUUGAAGCACUCUGUGACCAAAUGGAGACACUGGAAUGUGAGAAGGAGGAGAGGGAAAAGGAGAUGACCCAACUACAGAAGAGGGUGGAGAAGGAGACCAAAAGAUGGAGAUGUCAGGUGGAGGAGUCAAAGAGGAGCUGGGAGGAGACUGUGAAGGAGCUGAAGCAGAGAGAAGGUGAGUUUGCCAACCUGAGGAGACAGCUGUUUGUACUCGAGAAUGACCGAGUGGAGGCGAUUAAAGAAAAGCAGCAGCUCCUUGAGAAGGAGGCAGUACAGCAGGUUGAGGAGCAAAGACGACAACAAGAAGAGACAGAGAUGAAGAAACGGGAGGAGCAGCUAAUGGCAAGGUUGCAAGCAAAGGAUGGAGAGGUGGAGCUUCUGAAAGUAAAGAUUAGUAUUGCUGAAGAAGAGCGAGAGGAGAUGAAAAAGGAGGUGCAGCAGAGGGAACAUAGCCUUGAGAGGAAGAUGUGCACUAUACAGGAGCGAGAGGAGGAGGUGGAGAAGUUGAAGCACCUCCUGAAGCUGGCGGCAAAGAGGGAGGAGGAAGACGCAAUGGACCAUCAGGAGGUCAACAGCAAACUGAUGGAGAAGGAGGUGAGGGAGGAGCAGCUGGCAACACUACUGAGAGAGACCCGGGCUCUGCUGGAGCAGGAGAGGAGAGAAGGAGCAGAAAAAGAUGAUAAGCUUUUCUCCCAGGCCAGGGAACUCCUCCAGGUGUCUGCUGAGAGUGAGGGAGCACAGAGGAGAGCCAGAGAAAAGGAGGCUGCUUGUGGACAGAUGGAGGAGGAGAUAAAGGAGUGGCACAACAAGGCAGAAUGGUGGGCAAGUGAGGUGACCAGACUUUCUCAAGUCCUGAAAAGGAGAGAGGAGGAGGUUCACCAUCUAAGACAAGCUGUAGAGGAAGGAGAGGAGGAGGAGGAGAGACAGAGAGAAGGGCUGAGGAGUGCAGAGGAAGAGAGGAGGAGGAUGGACAGCAAGCUGAAGGAGAUGGAGGAAGAGAAGAGGAGACUGGAAGGGAAAGUGAGGGAGAUGGAGGAAGAGCAGGAGGAGGAAAAGGAGGUGCUGAGGAAAGCCAAGGAGGAGAAGAGGAGGCUGGAAGGAAAGUGGAAAGAGAUGGAAAAGGAGGUGACUAAACAAAAGGAGACACUAAGGAGCUCAGAGGAGGAGAGAAGUGAGCUGGAAUGUCAACUAAAUGAGAUGUAUGAUACAAGAAAGGCAGACCAGGAGGUGCUGAGGAGAGUCUGUGAGGAGAAGGAGAAGCUGGAAGACCAGCUGAGAGGGCUGGAGAAAGAAAGGAAUGAACAGAAAGACCUGUUGAGUAGAGCAAAGGAGGAGAGGAGGAGACUGGAAGAUGAACUGAGGGAGGCACAAGUGACACAACGGAGCUUACAGGUCAGAAUCGAGGAGGUCCAGCGAGUUGAUCGACUUCUGAGGGAGGAAUGUCGGGGGUCCAGAGUGAAGGAGCUUCAAGAGGAGAUGGCAAGUUUGUUGGUGGAGAUGAGGAGGAAAGAUGAGGAGGUGAUGACUCUGAGAGAAGUGGUGCAGAGGGAGAGGACCAAAGCCCAAGAAGCACUCAAGAGUAAAGAGGAGGUGGUGAUUGCCCUCAGAGAAGAGGUGCAACAGGAGCUGAAGAGGAGAGAAGAGGAGGUGUCAGUCCUUAGAGAGGAGAUGCGGCGGGAGCAGAGAGAAAAGGAGGAGGCUCAGGAUGAACUGUGGAAGACGAAUAAAGAGGUGUCCCUCAAACAGGAGUCGAAGAUGCAGGAGGUGCAGCAAGAGCUAAAGAGGAGGAUGGAGGAGUUAUCAGUCAGAGCAGAACAGUGCAAGGAGAUGCAGAAGGAGCUGAAGAGGAGAGAAGAGGAGGCAUCAGUCCUUAGAGAAGACAUGAAAAUGGAGCGAAAGCAGAGAGAAGACAUGCAGAAGGAGCGAAAGCAGAGAGAAGACAUGCAGAAGGAGGUGAAGAGGAGAGAAGAGGAGGUGUCAGUCUUCAGAGAAGAGGUGCAAAUGGAGCAAAAGCAGAGAGAAGACAUGCAGAGGGAGAUGAGGAGGAAAGAUGAGGAGGUGAUGACUCUGAGAGAAGUGGUGCAGAGGGAGAGGACCAAAGCCCAAGAAGCACUCAAGAGUAAAGAGGAGGAGAUGCAGAAGGAGCUGAAGAGGAGAGAAGAGGAGGUGCAGAAGGAGGUGAAGAGGAGAGAAGAGGAGGUGUCAGUCUUCAGAGAAGAGGUGCAAAUGGAGCAAAAGCAGAGAGAAGACAUGCAGAAGGAGUUGAGGAGGAGAGAAGAGGAGGUGUCAGUCCUAAGUGAAGAGGUGCAGAUGGAGCGAAAGCAGAGAGAAGAAAUGCAGAAGGAGUUGAGGAGGGAGCGAAAGCAGAGAGAAGAAAUGCAGAAGGAGUUGAGGAGGAGAGAAGAGGAGGUGUCAGUCUUCAGAGAAGAGGUGCAAAUGGAGCGAAAGCAGAGAGAAGACAUGCAGAAGGAGUUGAGGAGGAGAGAAGAGGUGUCAGUCCUUAGUGAAGAGGUGCAAAUGGAGCGAAAGCAGAGAGAAGACAUGCAGAAGGAGUUGAGGAGGAGAGAAGAGGAGGUGUCAGUCCUUAGUGAAGAGGUGCAAAUGGAGGGAAAGCAGAGAGAAGACAUGCAGAAGGAGUUGAGGAGGAGAGAAGAGGAGGUGUCAGUCUUCAGAGAAGAGGUGCAAAUGGAGCGAAAGCAGAGAGAAGACAUGCAGAAGGAGGUGAGGAGGAGAGAAGAGGAGGUGUCAGUCCUUAGUGAAGAGGUGCAAAUGGAGCGAAAGAAGAGAGAAGAAAUGCAGAAGGAGUUGAGGAGGAGAGAAGAGGAGGUGUCAGUCCUUAGUGAAGAGGUGCAAAUGGAGCGAAAGAAGAGAGAAGACAUGCAGAAGGAGUUGAGGAGGAGAGAAGAGGAGGUGUCAGUCCUUAGUGAAGAGGUGCAAAUGGAGCGAAAGCAGAGAGAAGACAUGCGGAAGGAGUUGAGGAGGAGAGAAGAGGAGGUGUCAGUCUUCAGAGAAGAGGUGCAAAUGGAGCGAAAGCAGAGAGAAGACAUGCAGAAGGAGGUGAGGAGGAGAGAAGAGGAGGUGUCAGUCCUUAGUGAAGAGGUGCAAAUGGAGCGAAAGAAGAGAGAAGAAAUGCAGAAGGAGUUGAGGAGGAGAGAAGAGGAGGUGUCAGUCCUUAGUGAAGAGGUGCAAAUGGAGCGAAAGAAGAGAGAAGACAUGCAGAAGGUGAGGAGGAGAGAAGAGGAGGUGUUAGUCCUUAGUGAAGAGGUGCAAAUGGAGCAAAAGCAGAGAGACGACAUGCAGAAGGAGUUGAGGAGGAGAGAAGAGGAGGUGUCAGUCCUUAGUGAAGAGGUGCAAAUGGAGCGAAAGAAGAGAGAAGAAAUGCAGAAGGAGAGAAAGCAGAAGGAGGAGAAGUUGAGAGGUAUGCAGCAGAGCAUGGAGGUGAUGGCUCACAGCCUGAACAUCCUGCAAAAGCAGGUGUCUGGGCUGAAUGACAGCAGGGAGCGAGUGAUGGAGGAGAUGAAGGAGAAGCAGCAGAUCUGGGGAGAGCUUAGGUUUGGACUGGAGGAGAUAAUUCAGUUGAAACUACUCCUGCGGGAGAGUCAGGCAGAGGAGGAGCGUUUGAGGAGCACUCUGGAGGAGCAGAAAGAGGGAGCACAGAGGAGCAAACAGGAGGUGCAACAAGAGAGGGAGGAGCUGGAAAAGGAGAAAAGAGAAAUGGAGAGCCUGCGAGCCAGAUCCAAAGCCCUGGAGAAGAGGAGGAAACAGAUGCUGGCGGAGAAAGAGCAGGUGGAGCGAGAGAGGCGGGAGGAGGAGGAGUGGUGGCGGAGUCGAGUGGAGGAGACUGAGAAGGAAGUAAAGAAAAGAGAAGAGGAGGAGGUGAAGAUGGAAGAAAAGCUUAAAGAGGCUUUACGAGAAAUCCAGAGGCUGAAGGACCAGAGGGAGGAGAAAGAGGUGAAGAUUGAGCUCGGGGACGUUGGGGCCGGGGAGGCCGUGUCAGAGGAGCAGAAGAUGAGGGAGAGGAGCAAAGAGACUGUGGAGGAGCGGCUAGCUGCGCUGCACUACUUGGUGGCUCAACUGGAAUUGCAGCAGAAAAGACUGAAGAAGAAAAUCUCCCAACUGGAAAAACAGAAGGAGCAAUUGAAGAGAGAGAGAAACACACUGAGAGACACACUGAAAGAGAUGGAAGACGAGAGGUCACAAAUCCAGCAGCGGCUUUCUGUGAUUGACAGCAUCAAAUUUUCGACCAGUGGUGACUUGUGCAGAAAGAGGAACGCGGCGUCAGCACCUCAAUGCGCAGCUGUCUGUCUGUGUGCAGAGCAGUCCUCCAGCACCACAGAAGAACAACAUCUGAAGGGAAGAGUGAGAGAUCUGGAGGACCAGGUCCGCUCCCUCCGUUUGUGUCUGGAUCUGGAGUACCAGCAGAGGGCGCAGUUCAUCAAACAGUCCUCCAAAAACAGUCAACACUUCUUCAUGUUGCACGAUGACCUCACAGACUCACUGGCUGUCGUCACCAGACGGCCGCUCGCAUCCGUCCUGGAGUCUGAGACGCAGCGAUUGGACCGGAGUUUACGGGAGGCAGAGCUUACGAUGGUCCUCAGUCAGUGAUAAUCCUGUAGAAGUUAAAGGACAGUUUGCAGUUUUGCAUUGUGGGAAAUAAUUUCAGUGCUGCACUCAUGGCAGCUUUUAAACAGUUACUAAUCAAACCCUCAGAACCCACAUGUACUUUACACACUUGGACUAAAGGAACAGCAUCUGAAAGCUAACAAUAGCACUGCAGGUAACAACUGUUUUCAUGAUCAAUAAAACUGGUUAGCAUCUGGAUGAUACAAUAAGAACAGAACAGAUUAAUUUACAAAGGUGUUAGCUACGUGCUAAUUGGGAACAUUCCACCAGUAAAAUAAUAUAAAAUUAAAAUGUUUAUACGAUGAUUCGACUUUGUAUCGUUUAAAUGUGUGAAAACGUCACUGACGUCCCCGUGAAGAAAAAUAUAAAUUCACUGAACUUUGCUCUAAAUGUUAAGUCACAAGGCUCCUUUAGUUAUUUUAAUUAAUUAGUUCACCUCCGUGCACCAGGUGUCGCUGUAACCCUCAGUAACUGAUUUCAGCUUGCACUGAUGUAAAACAGCAAUUUAACCAACUGAUAUAGAUAUUUAAAUAUUCAAAUGUAUUUUAAUAUGAGUAAAAAAUGUUGAGCUUUUUUUUUUUUCUUGAAAGUGAAACAAUGUUUUGGGUCUUUUUGGUCAUCAGUUUUUAAUUCAGAAUUUUACUCUUUACUGAUUAAACAAUUACAUAUUUGAGACUAUUUAAAAUCAGACGAAUUCAUUUGUAACUUCAAGAUUUUUUUUUACUUUAUUUUUUACAGUAUUAUUUUUGUAUCCAUAUUUAUAUUUUCAUUUUGUGACUCACUACAUUUCCCAUGAUCCUUCAGUCUGAGCAGAGUCCAGCUCAUGUGGAAGGUCAGAGGUCAACUACAUGAAGUUCAAUAAACCAAAGUAUGUUUGAAGUGA